UUUUUCAUUUUCUCCAUGUGCUGGAACAUGAUGAAGGAGAAAUGAAUGUGUCCACCUCUAGGCAUGCUCUUGGCAGUCAGACAUAAUCUAUCAAUCAUAAGGCAGUCGCAAAGGGUCAGAUUUGACUUUCAUCCAGUGGGUCAGUGGCUAUCUAAGGGCCACCUCUCCAGAUGUCAGCAACUGUCCACUCCAUCUUGGAAAGACAGAGGUGAAGAAGCCAUGGCUGAGAAGGAACUUGAGUCAGCAAUUGAAAACUAUAUCCUUGUUGAUGUUGGAGCCAACUUGACCAACAAGAAAUUUGCCAGAGAUCUUGAUGCUGUUGUGCAACGGGCUAAAGAUGCAGGUGUCCAGAAGAUAAUGGUGACAGGCACAUCAAUCCAUGGCAGCAAGGAAGCCUUGAGACUCACUCGGCUGUAUCCAGGAACACUGUACUCUACAGCUGGAGUACAUCCUCAUGAUGCCAAGUCAUGGACUGAUGACACUCUGCAGGAGCUGAAAGAUCUCCUCUCCAACCCUGAAUGUGUUGCUGUUGGGGAGUGUGGUUUGGACUUCAAUCGAAACUUCUCACCCCCUGAAGUACAGCUGGAGGCUUUUGAGAAACAGGUGAGCCUUGCAUGUGAGAUAAGGAAACCACUGUUCUUGCAUGAAAGAGAAGCACAUGAAGAUCUGAUUCGAAUCCUCGAAAAGUAUCGAGAACGACUACCUCCGACUAUAGUGCACUGCUUCACUGGGAGCAAAGCAGAGGCACUCAGAUACCUUGACAUGGGAUUUUACCUUGGAUUGACCGGUUAUCUGUGGAAGGAUAAGUCAGAGGAUGGAGUGAGAAAGCUUUUGGAAGAUGGAGUUCUCCCAGUUGAUAGGAUCCUUGUAGAGACUGAUGCUCCCUUCAUGUAUCCCAAUACUAGAGCAUCAAAGCUCCCAGCACAUAUCAAGAAAGCUCUCACUUCUCGGUCCCAGUCUUUUUUGCAUCGUUACUGCACAUUUCAGCGGAAUGAGCCUUGUUCCCUCCCAGUAACAGUGGAGAUGAUUGCUGCCUACCUUGGAAAAUCACCUGAAGAUUUUACCCUUUCAACUACUUAUAAUGCUCUAAAGGUGUUUGGGCUGAGUUCAUGAGAAUGACUGCCUUCUCCUGUUGCCAUGGUUACCAUGAAAAUGUGUUCGCCAUGUCCCACUGAACAUGAUUAGGAUCUUUCCUGGGUCAUAAUGCUUAAUUUAUCUGAAAUUAUAUCAUCUUGCUCCUGAUCUAUUUAAUUUUUUUGUACUUUUGGGCAAGUUUCAUGAAGUCUCUGUUUUGUUUCCUUUCUCACUGAGCUGGAACUGUACUGGGGUUAGGGGCCUGUAAAUUGUCUCACUCAAGGAUUCAGGAGAUUUAUAGACCUACUUCAUUUGAUAAAAUGAUGCCAGUGAUACUCAUUGUAAAUGGAAUGGUGAUUGUAACAUUGUUUUUUUUUUGUUCUCAUACUACUGAGUGUUUUUUAGAUUGUGACAUUAAUUUCAUUGAGUAUUGUGGGUAAUCCAAAGAUUUUCACUGUUGUGCCUAAUAUUCUUGUUCUGCAUUUUCAGGUCAGUAAGAUUUUUUCUUGCUAUGUAAAGCUGCAGCCCCAGGUUUGAGCUUGUUUUUUUUGUUGUUGGUGAGUACCUAUAAAAAUAAAUAGGUAUUUGUUAUUCACAGACCUGUUUACGGGCACUCUCACCUGAUGCGUCCAGUCCUGAAAAUAUGCUGUUUCUUUCAUGGAACAUUGAAACUUUGAAAUAUGGAUUGUCAGUUUGAGGGGAAAUAGACUCAGAGUAUUUGAUCUGAGGUCUGGGUGAACAUGAAGCUGGACAAGAUUUAUCUAUUUGAGGUUUUUAUAUGUAAUAUGGGAAAUUUGAAAUGUUUUAUGUAGUGUUUUUCAAAUGAUUAUCUUUUUAUUUUUAGAAUUAGUAUGUAUCUCUGAAGCAAUGAUAUACUCAAUGAAGCACUACAGUAAGAUCCAUUUUAAUUAUUUCAUUGCAAAGAAAAAGGGUAUGAAGUGACCUUCCUCAUUUUUGAUAAGUACAGAGUUCAGCAAAAUUUAUUUACACCCAAUAUCUCCUUUUGUCAUUAUUUUGUUUGUUUUUUGUCUCACUUGUCCUGGCAGCUAGAGAUGUUGCCAUUUAUUUCUUUGCUCAAAUUGCUCCCCUAUGAGUAAUCCAGCCUGCCUAAAAAUUGAUGAACUCAACAACAGUGGAGUUCCUGAUCUACUGGAUGGAGGUAUUUUCAUGUCUUGGUGUCCUACAGGCUGCAUGCACCUGUAAACAUUUCAUUUGGAUUCCUUUUUUUCCCAUUGCUUUGAUUGUUUUAUUGGUGGAAUAGUUGUGUAAAUAUUUUUUUAACAUUGAGUUUGGAGGAGCUUCCACCAGUCAUGCUAGGUCGUCUUUAUGCAAUUACUGAUCCUAAGUAUUAGGAUUUUAACACUUUUGUGGUUGAUGUUGAUUAUGUUCAUCUUCAAUGUGAUAAGAUACUCCAUGUAGCAAUGUGAAACAUUUUUGCUUUUUGUAGGCUUCAUAGAAGCCUGCAGUGUAUUUCCAAGGGUGCUUCUGCAUGAUGCUUCUGUGAGUGCUCACAAUGGAUGAAUGGUCUUGCAGCCAUUGAUUCUAGCCUUGAUGGCUCUGUGAUCAUGAUUAUUAUCAUCAUGAAUAUUUUUAUAUAUUUGAAUUGCAAAGUUUGUAUAGAUGAACCAAUCUAGUUGAAGUCGUGAUGUGGAAUAAAAG